GCCACAGAAGUCAUAUUAUAUGGCUCAUUCCUACUACCUUCCCUUCUCUUUUAUAUUGGAAUUGACUGCAUUUACAAAUGAUAUAUGGUAAGUGGUAACUCAUUGACCCAUUCAAAGCUCUUUCCUUAUUAAACCUAGUGUUGAAGAAGAAAGGCUUCACAAGGAAACAUACAAGAGGCCUGAAAACAUGACUAGGAAGAGCUGGUUUAGGUACUUCCAGUAUGAUGAAAGGAAGGAGACCCCGGCGGAUGCGCGCAACGUUCUGUUAAUUGUGGCGGGGCUGAUCGCGGCCGUCACCUUUCAGGCGGGUAUCAACCCUCCGGGAGGAGUAUGGCAGGAUGAUAAAGAUGGGCAUAGGCCAGGAAGGGCGAUAUAUUCUUAUCAAACAAAAGAAUUCUAUGUUUUCUUGAUCUCAAACACAGUGGCUUUCUCCACGUCCAUUCUUCUUCUUAUAUCUCUAACACAUAAAUUUCCUUUCCACUUUGAAGUAAUUCUUGCCACAACCUCAAUGGUUGUGACUUAUGCUUCUUCUGUAUUCGCCGUUACCCCGGAUGAAUUGGUCAAGUUUCGAUACAUCUUGUUUGCUGCCGCUGCACCUUUUAUAAUAAGAUGCCUACUGCAGGUGUGGGCCAGGUUGACAAUGGAGGAGCAACCAUAUGAUAAACACAUCGUCUUUCCGGAUAAUCGCAGCGGCGAGAAUGAAUUAAACAGACUUUAGAGGUAGCUAUGGGGAGUUGUAAUACUGGAAACAAUAUUCUGAUUCCAAUCCCUCCAUGGGUGAAGUUUAUUCUUGAUGCCCAUAUAGUCUUUUUAUUCAUGUAAAAGUCAACAUCAAUCAUGGCCUUCCCAAUUCAAUCUUUUUUUUAGAGUGUUGGAGAACUGUCUAUUUUAAGCCUAAAGGCAUCCUGGAGAUUUGGAAUACAUAUUGAGUUAGUAGGUUUUUGAAUGUUAAUGCAGUAGAGUGAAUGAUUGGG